CCGGCUUUUUGCUGAGGGUUGCCAAUUCAAAUGCUCCUAAUAUUUACUAGUGGAAAUAAUAAAUGUAUUCACGAUGAAUUUUGCCAUACACAAUCCUAUACCUGUCAAUUUUCAAAAAUAAUGCACUGAAGCGAUGCUGAGUCGAAUUCGGCAGGUCAAAACGUAGUGCUAUAUUCUAGUUGCUAAAAUAUGCAACCGAUAGAAUGAAGACCGAGUAAAUAUCAUCCUGAUAAACCACAGCAUGCGCGCCCAAAUGUGUGAAUUGGCCAUAUGGAACUACGGUUUCAUGCUCUUUAAUUUGAAAAUGGCAUCAAUCUAAAGCUGGGACCAAAGCGAAUCGACUUUCUCGUUAACUCCAAGGCACUCGAAAGCAGAACUUUGGAAAUGUUGUUGGCAGAAUCAUUGAUCUCAUAAACCACUAACUUGUCUCGUUAUGAAAUCAGAUUGCACACUUUCUUAGCACCAGUAUAUAUAACAGAUCUCUGAUAAAGUCCACCAGGUAGCAAUUUCAGUGCUCAACAAAUACAGAUUAACCUGCCAAGGGAGCGCAUUAGUCCCUAGCAAAUAGCAAUGGCAAUCGCAGAUGUACAAUCUCCUGAUAAAUUCCCAACCAUAGAUCAGUGUGAAUCUAGCGGACGCGAAAAUCAUACCGUAGUUGCUGAUCUCGAUGGAACUUUACUCAUAGGCAGUAGCUCAUUUCCUUACUUUGCACUUGUAGCCUUUGAAGCCGGUGGAAUACUUCGGCUUCUCUUCCUUCUUCUGGUUUCUCCUAUUGCUGCAAUAUUGUACUAUUUCAUCUCUGAGGCAGCAGGAAUUCGCGUUCUAAUAUUCGCAACUUUUGCUGGGAUGAAGGUCUCAGAUAUCGAGUCCGUGGCACGUGCUGUCUUACCAAAAUUUUAUACCAGUGAUUUACAUCCAGAAACGUGGCGUGUCUUUUCAUCAUGCGGGAAAAGAUGUGUACUAACGGCAAAUCCUAGGAUUAUGGUUGAGGCCUCUCUCAAAGAUUAUUUAGGUGCAGAUAUGGUUUUUGGAACAGAGAUAUCAAUCUGGAGGGGGAGAGCUACAGGACUUGUAAAUGGUCCUGGAGUACUUGUUGGUAGAAACAAAGCUGAGGCCCUUCAGAAGGCCUUCGAUGCUGCAUCAGCUCCAGAAAUCGGAUUUGGAGACCGGAAGACAGAUUUCCCAUUCAUGAAGCUGUGCAAGGAAAGCUAUGUUGUCCCAAAAAAGCGUCAAGUCCAACCAGUGAGCCAUGACCAGUUGCCUAAGCCAAUAGUCUUCCAUGAUGGGCGGCUUGUCCAGAAACCAACUCCUCUGAUGGCACUGCUAACCAUUCUCUGGAUCCCAGUAGGCUUCCCCUUGGCCUGCUUGCGCGUUGCAGCCGGCGCACUCCUGCCAAUGCCACUGGUCUAUUAUGCAUUCAGGGCACUCGGAGUCCGGGUCAAUAUCAAAGGAAUCCCACCUCCACCAGCCCAAAAAUCAACAGGCCAGACGGGCGUCCUGUUUGUUUGCUCACAUCGAACUCUUCUUGAUCCAAUCUUUCUCUCCACCGCACUUGGCCGUCCCAUCCCAGCAGUCACAUACUCACUCUCGCGCCUCUCAGAAAUCAUAGCCCCAAUCAAAACCGUCAGGCUUAACCGCGACCGCAUUAAAGAUGCCAAGAUGAUCAAGAACCUCUUAGAAGAAGGUGAUUUGGCUAUAUGCCCGGAAGGGACAACAUGCAGGGAACCGUUCUUACUAAGAUUUUCAGCAUUGUUUGCUGAAUUAACUGACCACCUGGUGCCAGUGGCCAUGAACAAUAGAAUGAGCAUGUUUCAUGGGACGACUGCUAGAGGGUGGAAAGGACUGGAUCCUUUCUACUUCUUCAUGAAUCCGAGCCCUGUCUAUGAAGUGACAUUUUUGAACAAAUUACCGCAAGAGCUGACAUGCGGUGCCGGGAAAUCAAGCCAUGAUGUUGCUAAUUAUAUACAAAGGAUGAUUGCCUCAACAUUAUCAUACGAGUGUACCAGCUUCACCAGGAAGGAUAAGUACACGGCAUUGGCAGGAAACGAUGGAACUGUCUCCGAUAAACCUGCAAUUGCAGCCAAAAACAUCAUGGGCUGCUAG